UUCAGGAAUCGGUGAAGCUAUAGUGUGCCGAAGGUUUGAUGCUGUUGUGAACAGCGCUCUAGCCCGAGUCCCGAUGGAACGUGCGUGGACCACGAAACAGUUCCCGUACGACGCGACUACAACGAAUACCUACCACCAUAACCGAUCCAGGCGUGCCCGGAGCGAACGGGCGAGGCGACAAGCGGAAAGAUAAGCCGCGAGUGUAAGAUAAACCUCAGCCCACCUCGCCAGCAAUUCCGAAAUACCUGACGCGAGCAGUGUGCGACGAGUGUGUCCCGGAUGACGACCACGGCAACGAUUACGAUGGCUAACGGCACGGUGCCAGACGGUGAAGCGAUGGCAGCGAACGGGUCCAUCAGCAAGAUUUGCAGCGUUUGCGGAGACAAGGCGCUCGGUUACAACUUCAACGCGGUAACCUGCGAAAGCUGUAAGGCAUUUUUCCGCCGCAAUGCACUGUCGACGAAGGGUUUUACGUGUCCGUUUAAUGAAAAUUGCGACAUAACCGUCGUAACGCGACGCUUCUGCCAAAAGUGCCGUUUGGAAAAGUGUUUCCGGAUCGGUAUGAAGAAGGAAUACAUCAUGUCGGAGGAGGACAAGGUGUUGAAGCGUAAGAAAAUCGAACAGAAUCGUGCCAAAAAGAGGCUCAGCAAUGGAAGUGCAUCGGAAACGGGAAAUGGGACGAGCGAACGUGAAACAACCCCGGGCAGGAACAGUGUACCCACCAAGAUUAAGCGAGAAAAGUCACUAGAAUCGUUCGAUGGUGGAGAUUGUUGGAACAAUUCUUCGUCCUCUGAGUAUGGACCGAGCGAAGUGCUGCAGACGAGUGGCACGGGUAGUUCGACGACGAUGUUCCCGAUGGCAACGAUCCAUGAUGUUCCCUCCAACUCCUCCAAUCAAUCGAUGCUAUCGAAUGGUACGUCGAAUGAUUAUAGCCGAAUUGCUUCUCCGUCGGAACUAAGCAAUACGCCCAGCUCUUCAGCGUACAACCCGCACAGUUCACUUUCCUCCGAUGCUGAACUACUCUCCUCUGCUGUUGCCUCACUACAAUCAUCAUCUAGUGGUGGAUCGAAACCAUCAGAAACGGUACAGCUUCAAUCGAACGGACGUACGGGAAGCAAUGACGAAAAGCUCCCUCCAGUUACGAUCGAUUCCAGUGCGGAGGAUAUCGUAAAUCGGAUCGUCAACUAUCCUACCCGUGCCAGCCAAACAAUUGCUUCACUGAUGAAAAGCCCUAAGGAUGCAGUAUUCAUAAUGUCAAAGAUAAUCAACUCGCAGUGUGAUGCGCUGAAGCUGAUAAGCCAUUUCAUUACCGCACCGGGCGAUGCGUUACAGAUCAUUAGCAAGAUCAUGAACUCUCCGCUGGAUGCGUUGACCGUGUUCGCCCAGUUCAUGAGUUCGCCGACGGAUGCGCUACAGCUGAUCGGAAAGAUCGUCAGCUCGCCUGCCGAUGUGCUACAGUUUAUGCAGCAGCUUAUGAACCAACCCGAAGAUGCCCUUCAGGUAAUGAACAAAUUUAUGAGCUCACCAGCUGAAGCGCUGCAGAUGAUCAACAAGAUGAUGAACCAUUCCGAUAUUGUAAAAACGAUCAAAGAAGCGGCCGAUACAUCCCAAAAGGAUGAGGACGAACAGCAACAACAGCGACAAGAACAGCAAGAACUGCUUCAAACUACACAACAGCCAACUCAGCAACAAAUGCACCAUACGGAUGUACCGUUGGGUUCGCCUCACAUUGAUUCGGCGGCAAACGAUCCGCAUCAGAUGAUUCGCUCGAUAAUGCAAGAACCGACCAUCGUUACGGAACCAGUCGGAACGAUCAGUGCAGCCGCUUCUCCUUCAUCGACGUCCAACUACGAGCCACCCUACACCUCGAUGUUGGACCCAUUGCUUUCGAGCACAACCACCUCGCUAGUACAUUCCCAUAAUUACCAUCACAACCAUCCGCUGCAAAUGAGCGCCACUAUCCAGCCAGGUUCACCGAGCUGCUCGAGCGAUAUAGCAGAUGUAGUGUUUGCGGCGACGUCUACGUUUGGUCACGAUCCACCAAUAAUCGUACCACCCACGGAUGAUUUGGGCAUCUUUCAAGACAUCGAAGCAAAACCGGUAAUGCCACACACGCUGGAAUCGGUCCUCAUGCAAGCGAUAAAGCUCGAGUACGAAGGAUAUAACAGUAGCCCGAUUGGCACGAGCACGAGCCAGCAGUCAACCGUCCAUCAUCCGACGGUCGGUAGCAAUAGCAUCGAGCUAAAUGAUGCUGAAAGAGCCAAGCUGAAUGAGUUGAUUGUGGCCAAUAAAGCACUGUACGCACCGGUUGACGAUGAUCUCGCGUCGCUCAUCUCGGACGACUGCCGGAUAAAGAGCAAUCAAACGAAGCAAGAUCCACAGUUACUGAAGGUGAUCAACCUAACCGCCAUUGCCAUCCGUCGCCUGAUAAAGAUGUCGAAGAAGAUCAGCGCCUUCAAGAAUAUGUGCCAGGAGGAUCAGCUAGCAUUGCUGAAGGGUGGCUGCACGGAGAUGAUGAUCCUCCGUUCCGCUAUGCAGUACGACUGUGAUCGAGCGACAUGGAAGAUACCUCACAGUCAGGAGGAAAUGUCCAACAUACGGGCGGAUGUGCUCAAACUUGCCAAGGGUAAUGUGUAUCAGGAGCACGAACGGUUCAUACGCACGUUCGACAAGAAAUGGCGCUCGGACGAGAACAUCAUAUUAAUCAUGUGUGCCAUCACACUGUUUUCACCGGAUCGUCCCAAAACGAUUCAUUCGGAUGUGAUCAAACUAGAACAGAAUUCAUACUACUAUUUGCUACGUCGCUACUUGGAAAGUAUCUAUCCCGGUUGUGAGGCCCGCUCGGUAUUUCUGAAGCUGAUGCAGAAGAUAUCGGAAUUACACUUUUUGAACGACGAAAUAAUCAGCGUCUAUUUGAAUGUUAAUCCGUCGGAAGUGGAACCGCUGUUGCGUGAAAUAUUUGACCUAAAGGUGCACUAAGCGAAGCACUUCUGUCUGUUUGUGGGUAGAACAAAUUUAUGUCUCUUCUUGCGCGGUAUUUUUGUCACGCUGCUAACUAUAUAUUGGAUUGUGCAAUAUUUUUAAUUGAUUUCUCGUUUAAAAUGAUCCCUAAUGGCGUUACGUUUAAUUAAGCAUUUAUUUUGCUUAUAGCUUUUUGCAUUAUCUAGUUUGUGUUAGGAUGCUACAAUAUGCUACCAGUGCUAUGUAGAAUAUAAAUUAUAAUUGAGGCAAUUCGAUUGUAAGAAAAUUGUAUAGUUUAUUUCAUUUUCAGCGAACUGCUCCGAGAGAGGCACCACACCUAUUUGUAAGUUAGCCAGGUUUAUGCUAUAUAAAGUGUAUGCCGAGGUUGUUUAAGGUUCAAUUGUCAUGUCAUUUAGAUGCGCCAUUCUGCAUGGAACAAAGCUUAGAAUUAGAUGUUUGCUGUACUAGCACCAAUGUACAGUUCAACUGAAAUGUCAGCAUGAAGAAGCUUUAAUUUAAGUUGCUAUAACAGCUGUGCUAAAUCUAAUGGUGAGCACAUAUAAUCCUAAACGAAUAGGACAAAGCAUCCUAAAAAUCGAGGGUGUUAAAACAGGUAAAACGAUGAUGUUUUGAAAAUAUUGGCCUUAUAGAAAUGUGAUGAACCAGCUUUAGCAAAAAUGUAGUGUCCGAAGAUAACCAAUUUUGUUUUCUUCUUCUAUAGCAUCGUUUGUGUGUGGAGGCACGCGUAAUAGCAAUACCGAAUGUGAACAUAUUGAACUAGCAGCAUUAAACAUCACUUUUGCAAUAAGUAGCACAUUUGUAACGUAACCUUUCCUCCCCUUUUACUGAAAGUAAAACCACAAUCGACCACAAAUAGUUCAAAUUACAGUUAGCCAGACGAUGAAGCAUAGCUUCGUAUUUUAUUUACCUUACGUAUUGCAACAUUUGUAAUGUGUGCGGUGUAACAGCAAACUGGGAACACGUUGGCUUUCGUGCUGUGUUUGUUUCAUCCUAUGCAUUGUUACACAAUGAAUGUAUUGUUUUUAUGCUUUUGAACAAA